GAAGAAGAGGCUUGAUUGUAUUGUUGUUGCAAAAGAUUAGAUAAACUAUCCUUGUCAAAAAGUUCAUUAGAACUACCAUCACUUAAAUUGACGCUCAUAUAUUGUAACAUGAACUCUUCGUUAUCCAUAAUUUUUUAAAGUUUGUAUGAAAGAAAAAAAAAGGGGGAAAGAAGGAAGAAGAAAAGAAAAAAAGAAAGAGAAUAUAAGAAUCCUUGUUGAUUAUUAUAUUCUUUGUUUUAACUGAUGAAAAUCCAGGAAAGAAAAAGAAAGAGGAAAAGAAAAUUAAAAAAAAAAAAAAAGAAAAGAGACAUUAUUUUUCAUUUAAAAUAUUUAUAUUCCUUUCUUUUUUAUCCGCCUAUUAGAUUCAUUUCCUUUUUUUUAUUCUGUUACUUAGCAACAACAACAAGCUCUUCUUUUUUUUUUCCUUUUCCUUAUAUUUAUGUAAAUAUUAAAAAGAAAAAAAAAAGCUCUAAUCAGGUAAACUCUACCCUUAUUAUAAUUUAUUGUAUAACGAUGUCCAUGACCGUUUAAUAAUAUUAACUAUGAUAUACAUUCUAUCUGUCUAAAA